AUGAAGCCGAUCGGACAUUAUCCGUCGCCUGCGGAGUACAAGAGCGUUGGUCUGACGCCACCUCCAAAACAUGUUCUUAAACGCGCCAAGUUGGCGACGCGCGAUGUGGGCGACGAUCCCAUCACGGGGAUGCCUAUCACACCGGUGGCAGAGGAGGCAGCGAUGGGAGCUCAGGAAAAUGACCAAAUGAUGACUGGUAUUGGGAAAAUAGGUGCCUUGAAUGGCUCUAUUGAGUGCAUUGUUGGGGAGACAAUCGGGGUUCCUAUUGAAGACACAAUACUUAGUGAGGACAUCGACGAGGACGCUCUCACCACCAAUCUUGCGACCCCGGUUUCUGAAGCUCUUGAACCUUCCACUCUCCAUCCUUCUUUUUCUCCUGCAGAAACUCCACUUGACACCCCUGUGGAUGAACUCUUGACCGACCCUGUCCUUACUCAUCUUAACGCAGCUGGCGUCGACACCCCCUUGCACCAGCCUCAGUCUCCUCCUGCCACAGCAGUCGCAGACGGCAUGGCUCCCAAAAAAGGGACUACGAUCAACCGCGACUUUUUCGCCGUUUUGAAAUCUCUCCCCGACCCAGCGUCCAACAGAUAUGACGUCCAACAGCUCAAGCGAGUUGUAGAGCUUGCCAUCUCUCACUCUGCCAAGCGUGGCGAAGACGAAGUUGCUUUGAGUCUUGUUUACUACUGGUCCGGUAUCUCCAGUGACGACUUUAAGUUGUCGCUGAUUCACAACAUCGGCCGGGACGACGCUGAUCACUCUCUCCAACUCGCACUGAAGACCAUGUUGCGUCACUCCAUCGAUGAUGCGAGCAGGUGGUAUGAAUCACACUCUGCAGAUUACGCCCAGGCUUUGACCCGUGAGAACAGCGAGUCAGAGCUUUCAUCUGCUCAGUCCUUCGGAGCUGAGCCCCUUGGCCGGACACCUUUCAAGACCGCGGACAUUUACCGUGACACCAGUGGACCAAAGCUCGAAGAGGCCUUUGUCAGUGGAAAGACCAACACUGCUCCUCUCAAGCGGCCCAGAAAGCCGUGCCCCAUCAAUGAAACCUCUUUCAAGCGUCGUCGCGAGUGGGAAGCAGAUCCUGCUCUUGGCGAGAAUCUUCAGAAGAAGCGCGCUCGAUUUUCCCAGGCUAUACCGGCUGAAGCUGAUGAGGCCGCUCCUGAAAGCAGCUCUCUUCGUCCCAAGCGGGGCGAAGAGAAUAAUAUCAUGCAGCCUUACACUAAGGGUGAAAGAGCGCGGCAACGACGCACUUCUCUUGCCUCUAAAAGCAGUGCUACUGAUGCAGGCGAAGAUUCCUCCUCGACACCUGCUGUACAACAAGCCAUCAAUGAGAGGCAGAAGCGCCACCAACUGGCCAAAAGGCGCCAGAGAGCCAAAGAGGAAAUUGGAAUAGACCCCAAUCAAGCCGUUGAUUCCGAUUUUUCGAACUCAGUUUACUCAGUUUGCGUGAAUGACUGGACUGCUGAUUAUCCUCCUCGGCUGAUGCCUGAUCAAGUUGAGCCUCCUGAGAAUAGCGACAACUGCUACAAAUGUGAUCGAGGUGGCAAUUUGCUUUGCUGUGACACUUGUUCGAACGCAUUCCAUUUCCGAUGUGUCAGACCCGCCAUGGACCCCAAGAACCCGCCCAAGGGUGAGUGGCACUGCGUGAGCUGCGUGGUCCGCAACUGCGCCACGGAAAUGAUUCGGCGGGCCCACGACGAAACGAAGACUGAGUUCCGCCCGCCUACCGACAUCAAGGAUUACUUUGCCGGAGUCGGUGAGAGGGUCCAGUACGACUCGGGCCACUUGGGAGAACAACGAUACUACGAAACUGUCCCCCACCUGCCGCGGCUGACUAAGGCACCAAAGCAGGCGGGUGUGCCGGCGUACAACGAUCCCAACCUGCUGCGGCUGAUGGAAAACGGCCAAGUUAUCCUCUGCACUCGUUGUGGUCUGUCUAGCGAGAAUGUGCGUCCUAUCAUUAAAUGUGAUUACUGCCCAAGCCGUUUCCAUCUAGACUGCUUGGACCCGCCCCGUGCGAACCCCCCUGACCCUUCCAAGGGUUGGAUGUGCCCUAAUCACGUUCGAUCGGACGAAAUGAUCGUUUCCAAGAUGGUUGAUGGUCGUCUGCAAGAGCGUCGUGUACGCCGCCCCAAGAACUGCGUUGCCGUUGAUGUCGACAUUCUUACUACUGAUGAUCCACGGGAGACCACUUUCGACGAGGACUGGCGCGAGAAGCGAGCUCGUCUUCCUGCUGGCGACAUUGUCCUUGACUUUGUUGGCGUUGUGCGUGACAAAAAGCAGCAGCGCGAGCGCGAGUAUUUCGAUAAUGUGGCUAAAACUGCAAUGGCCGUCGCCAGGCAGCUGACCAGGGAGCAUCUGUCCUCUGCGGGUGCCUCAAGCGACGAGGGCGAAUUGCCUGCUGAGCUCCAGCAUCAGAUCAAAACUGCCAUCGAAAGCAUGCGUACUGGUACUGUCCCCGAGGAUCAGUUCGAUGCUGCCGCCUCCCUUCUCGGCCUCCAUUAUGGGGGUCCCAUUUCUAUUCCCUCGGCCGGCGAGUUCGCCACUCAUUCGUCUGAGGAUACAUGCACCGCCACCAAGCCUGAUGAGCCUACCGAUCAUGAGGAAUCUCAGGUUACUAUUCAAACUGUUACUUCUGAUCUUCCGGUCGGUGAUGAGAUCGCCGCUUCUACUACUUCCGAUGCCGAGACUGGAUCUCGCCCGGAUGAGACCCCUGCCUUGGCUCCUCGCCAUAAAUCUCUUUCUCGAACCUCACGCAAAUCGGUCACCCCAAAGGCCACUCUCCGGACAUCUCGAGCUUCCACAUCCGGCCUUUCCGAUGGGGAACUUCUUCCCCGGGCCCGGUCGUCUACGCUGAAGCAGACGGCCCUCAACUUCAAGAAAAAGCGAUCUCGCGUUGAUACCGAGGAACCUAUUAAAGAUGACCAAGAGCCGGCGCAGAAGCGCCAGCACACAAACUCCGAUUAA